GAGAGGCACAAGCGCUCCGGCCCUUCCAGCGGCAGGCAGCGGGAAGAGAAAGGGUCUGUUGUUUUUCUCUCCUUGUUUCUCUCUCCUCCACUGCUGAUCACCAAGCUGCUGACCAGGGAAAAAAAGAGAGAGAGAAAGAAGGAAAAAGAAAAACCUUAAACUCCCUUUGAAAACCAGCUUGGAGUCAGGGCCUGGAGCGCACGCCCUAGACUCGGCGACUCAGGAAUCGUGAAGACACGCUCUGAGCGAGCCGGGAGCACCUGAGCUGCGCCUCCCCCCCGCCCCCCGCCUGCCCUCGCCCUCCCCUGUCGCCCUGGGUCCCGGGCGUGAGUCCGGAAGUGGCCAGGACCCGACCAGGACCCGGCCAGGACCGCCGCUGGUAAACCUGUGAGAGCUCUGGCGUUGACAGCUGGAAGGCAGCUGGGACUGCGGCGGUGCCCCUCCUUGUACCCCGCCACCCUCACCCCACAUCGAAUUGCCGGAGCCGAACCUUCCUUCUCAGUCCUGGAACAACCUUCUUUAAGGAAAGCUGACUUCACCCAAUGUCUUCAAUCCCACUGGAAUCAUCCCUCCCAAACCUGAAAGCCCUGUACACUCCUUGGUCCCAUCUGGUCACAGCACGUUAAGGUGAAAGAGCCCAGCCGGGGCUGCUCUGCUGUUUACCUGAGCUGACAAAGACACUAAUCUCCCUAGUCAGCAGUGGCAGCAGACGUUAUCCAGCCUUCUACACCGCAUUCCUUUUCUAAGACUUUUCUGGGCCUAUUUGCUUUCCAGCCCAAUGAUUCCCUUCUUAUUGGAUGGUCUCCCUUUUAUACAUCAAGCCUAGAUUUGGCAACUCCCUGAGGACUGGAAAGUCCUUUGGUGCCCCCCAGUUGACCUCUUCUGACCAUGGAACACCAUCAACCAGAGCGUCCAGUCUCUGUCAAGGCCAGGACUGCAGAAGCAGCCAGCCCUGAGCACCACGAGGUGCUAUCAGGACCAGAUGAGCACCCCCAGGACCAGGAUGCUGGAGAGGCUGAUGCCGUGGCUGGAGAGGCUGAUGCCGUGGCCGGAGAGGCUGAUACCGUGGCCGGAGAGGAUGAUGCUGUGGCCGGAGAGGCUGAUCUGGCGGCCAGAGAGGCUGAUGGGGCGGCCAGAGAGGCUGAUAGGGCGGCCAGAGACGCUGAUGGGGCAGCUACAGAACAGGAGCCAGAAGAUCAAGGGUCACUGCCAGUCCAGGGCCAGGAUAAACCCGAGUCUGCUCCACCUGCUGCUAGCUCAGACCUGCUGGGGCCCGCCCACGGGACACAGCCUGAAGUAGAGACAGUGGGGGCGUGCUCCAGGCCCCCGGAGCUUCCCCAGUCACCCAGAGCCCGACAGCCUGAGAUCGAUUUCUACUGUGUGAAGUGGAUCCCCUGGAAGGGAGCACGGACUCCCAUCAUCACCCAGAGCACUAACGGCCCCUGCCCUCUGCUCGCCAUCAUGAACAUCCUCUUUCUUCAGUGGAAGGUGAAGCUGCCUCCUCAGAAGGAAGUGAUCACAUCAGAUGAGCUCAUGGCCCAUCUUGGAGACUGCCUCCUGUCCAUCAAGCCCCAGGAGAAGUCAGAGGGACUUCAGCUUAAUUUUCAGCAGAAUGUGGACGAUGCAAUGACAGUGCUGCCUAAGCUGGCCACAGGCCUGGAUGUCAACGUGCGAUUCACAGGUGUCUCGGAUUUUGAGUAUACGCCUGAGUGCAGUAUCUUCGACCUACUAGGGAUACCUCUGUACCACGGCUGGCUUGUUGAUCCACAGAGUCCUGAGGCUGUGAAUGCAGUUGGGAAACUGAGUUACAAUCAGCUGGUAGAGAAGAUCAUCACCUGCAAGCACUCCAGCGACACCAACCUCGUGACGGAAGGCCUGAUUGCAGAACAGUUCCUGGAGACCACUGCGGCCCAGCUGACCUACCAUGGACUGUGUGAGCUCACCACCGCUGCCAAGGAGGGUGAACUUAGCGUCUUUUUCAGAAACAACCACUUUAGCACUAUGACUAAGCACAAGAGUCACCUGUACUUGCUGGUCACCGACCAGGGCUUUCUACAGGAGGAGCAAGUGGUGUGGGAGAGCCUGCACAGUGUGGAUGGAGACAGCUGCUUCUGUGACUCUGACUUUCACCUAAGUCACUCCCUGGGCAAGGGCCCUGGAGCAGAAGGUGGGAGUGGCUCCCCAGAAAAGCAGCGACAGGUCGACCAGGACUACCUGAUCGCCUUGUCCCUGCAGCAGCAGCAGCAGCCACCGGGCACGCUGGGUCUUAGCGACUUGGAGCUGGCCCAGCAGCUUCAGCAAGAAGAGUACCAACAGCAGCAAGGGGCCCAGCCUGUGCCAGCAAGGGUGCCGUCGCCCCAGGGGAGAGGAGUCCCACCUGGACGCCCCGCCGGAGAGCGUCGGCGGAGGCCGAAGCAAGAGUCCGACUGUGUCCUCCUAUAGCGCUGCCCUGUGCCAGGCUGCCCUGCCUCUUCUCAGAGGCUACUGCGAUUUUGCUUGCUCCCCCAGGUCAACCCCUGAGAUACACAGGGUAACUUAUUUAUGGACUGCUGGGGACCAGAGCAGGCAGUAAAUGUCAAGGUCAGACUCAGUGACAUCCUUGCCCUCAAGUGCUGCGGCUUCUCUUCCUCCCAGUCACCCAGGGCAACAGUGGGACUGGUGGGGUGAGGAUUUCUGAUUCCCAACUCCCUUUUCCCAGAAUAUCACACUAAUAUACAGACUCAGGCUCCAGGGGGAGGUCCCUGUCUAGAACGCAUCUCCCCUACUUCCCACCCUGACUGACUGGGUCCUUCUGGCUAUCCUGCAGGUCCGACUCCCUUUGUUUCAGGAUUUGAUUUGAAUUUCUAUCUCCAUCAUUUGUAAUGUCUUCC